GCUUCUUAGACCUGCGCGACAUGGCUUCAGUCAGCGGCAGCUAUCUGGGAUUCGAUUUCAGUACACAGCAGGUAAAGGUGGUUGCUAUAGAUGAAGACUUACAAGUUAUUUAUCAAAAUAGCAUCCAGUUUGAUACAGACCUCCCAAUGUACAGGACUCAAGGAGGUGUCCAUAUUCACAAUGACAAUUUAACUGUGACUGCUCCAGUAUUAAUGUGGGUACAGGCACUUGACAUUUUGCUGGAAAAGAUGAAAACCUCAGGAUUUGACUUUGCAAGUGUGAAAGCCUUAUCUGGAAGUGGGCAGCAACAUGGUAGUGUGUAUUGGAAAAAAGGAGCUCGUGAGAUUCUUCAAAGCACCUCAUGUAAUAAAUCUCUACAUGAUUUACUAAAGAAUUGCUUUUCGGUGACCGAUAGUCCUGUGUGGAUGGAUUCCAGCACGUCGUUAGAGUGCAAACAUUUAGAACAAUCUGUAGGGGGGGCUCUGAACCUCGCUUAUAUAACUGGCUCCCGGGCAUAUGAGAGAUUUACUGGAAAUCAGAUUGCAAAGAUUUUCAAAAUGAAGACUGAAGAAUAUAAUCAAACUGAGAGAAUAUCUUUGGUCAGUAGUUUUGCUGCAUCUCUCUUUCUUGGUGAUUAUGCAGCUGUGGAUUACAGUGAUGGUUCGGGAAUGAAUUUAUUGGAUAUCCAUAAGAGAGAGUGGUCAAAACAGUGCUUAGAGGUUUGUGCUCCUGAGCUGGAGGAAAAACUUGGAACUCCUGUGUCUUCAAUGUCAGUUUUGGGUUCAGUUUCUUCUCACCUUGUCAGACAUUAUGGUUUCUCACUAGCAUGUAAAGUCAUCGCUUUUACAGGUGACAACCCAGGAUCAUUGGCUGGAAUGAGGCUGAAAGAAGGAGACAUUGCUGUGAGCUUAGGCACCAGUGAUACAGUAUUUCUAUGGAUCCAGAACCCAAACCCAACAGUAGAAGGACAUAUCUUUUGCAAUCCUGUUGAUAUUAAGGAUUACAUGGCAUUAAUAUGUUAUAAGAAUGGCUCUAUUACCCGAGAGAGAAUCCGAAAUGAAUGUGCUGCUGGAUCAUGGGAAGAGUUCUCUAGCGCUCUCAAGUCAACUCCUAUUGGAAAUAAUGGGAAUUUGGGGAUUUUUUGUGAUGUAAUGGAAAUUACCCCCAGUGGCAUGUUGGGCGUGCACCGGUUUAAUGAAGACAGUAUCAAGGUACCUCAUUUCUCAAAGCCCAUUGAAAUUAGAGCUCUUAUUGAAGGACAGUUCUUGGCUAGGAGACUUCAUGCAGAAAAACUGGGCUAUAAAAUCAUUCAUGGAACUCGCAUCCUAGCAACUGGAGGAGCAUCUUCAAACAAGGAUAUCCUCCAGGUCUUAGCUGAUGUGUUCAAUGCUCCAGUAUUCACUAUUGACACCACGAAUUCUUCAUGUCUAGGAUGUGCUUAUAGGGCAAAGCAUGGGAUAUUAUCUGAGAUGGGAGUGACUUUUGCUGAGGCAGUGAAAAUGGCACCUGAACCAACGCAAGUCGUGACACCAACACCAGGUGCAGAACAGGUUUACAGGCCUCUGCUGGCAAGAUACGCACAACUCGAGGAGAAAGUGUUCUUGGAAUCGAAGCAAUAAAUGAGCUCCCUCUGG